CGGCGUUGCAAGUAGUUCCGGUAAAUUAACGGCGGAGUGAAGUCAGGAGAGCGGGUCCCUUCGGGUCUCACCAGCCGACUCGAGUCAGACGCCGACGUCGGGCUGAGGCGUUCGUCUUGACAGUCGGAUGACCACAGCUGCGGCGAGUGACACGCCUGACGAGCACUCGGCAUGCGGCGCCGGUUGUGACAAGAAGCAGACGCGCGACCGGGAGCUUUUUGUCGUCGAGUCACGUUGGGAAGUGCAGGAGGACAGCCACAGUCUGGAGCUUCCGAGCCGGCGUGCAAAAAUUAAAACCCGGUUCGUGUGCACUCAUCACGAUGUGAUCCAAAGUUGCAGCAUCUCACCUAUUCACUGAGUCCAUCAGGAGAGUGCCCACAGAGCAAGGUCGCGAAGCUGUCCACCUUAUUCGUCGUCCUUUUCGAUUCUCCCAACACCAUGACCUCUGAACUGGAAAGUAGCCUGACCUCGAUGGACUGGCUUCCGCAGCUCGGCAUGAGGGCGGCCAUUCAGAAGACCGACAGAGAUGUCGGGGGACUUUACCAUGGUCACUAUCAUGGACAUCACCACCACCACAAUCACCAUCCUGGUCUCCAACGUGGACAUCACGGGCUCGGAAAGAAAAUCACCCAGUUGGACCCUGGAGCAGCUUUGGACCAGGAGGAAAGUAGUCAACAAAGAGACGGUAAACCUCCGUACAGCUACGCAAGCCUCAUCACCUUCGCCAUCAAUGGCUCGCCUCGCAAACGCAUGACCCUCAGUGAGAUCUACCAGUGGAUCUGUGACAACUUCCCUUACUACCGAGAGGCAGGCAGUGGCUGGAAGAAUUCAAUCCGACAUAACCUGUCCUUGAACAAGUGUUUUCUGAAAGUGCCUCGCUCCAAAGAUGACCCUGGCAAAGGUUCCUACUGGGCCAUAGACACCAACCCUAAAGAUGACGCUGCGCCCAGUCGGCCAAAGAAAAGGCCGCGCUCCGGAGAAAGGGCGUCAACCCCUUACAGCUUGGAGUCGGAAUCUCUGCGAAUGGACUGCAUCAUGUCAGGUGGAGCCUCUCCCACUCUGGCCAUCAAUACGGUGACAAACAAGGUAGCACUGUACAGCCCGGAAGCAGACGACUGUGAAAGUCCCGGCAGCCUGAGCAACAGUCUCUCUGAGCAGAGCAUGACAUCUGUCAACCUGAACAACAUGAACUCUACUGUGAGCAGUGGCAACAGCUUGCACAGCUACACACCGGUUAGCAGUCACUCCGAGCCUUCGUCGCAGUCCCUGAGUCUUCAGCAGCCCACCCAGCCCACGCGGCCUCCCCCUCCUCCUGCGCAACCCCAGUACGCUCUGCCCGUGCCAGAGUCACGGGACAAGCACAUCUGCUUCUCGGACUUCGAGGACCUGAGCGCGUCCUUCCGAAGCCUGUACAAGUGUGUCUUUGAGCAGCCGUUCUCGCAGCAAGCUUUGAUGGUUAUGCCCGGGGACUCGAACCAUCCGACUCGGACAGCCUGCUCUUAUCAGCACUCACCGGGCACAGGGAAUGGCGGCGGCGGCGGUGGCGGGGGCAGCACAGCGGGUGGCAGCCACCAUCAUCAACACAACCAUCACCAUGCCCACCACCCUCAGCAUCACCUGUCCAGUCAUGGCCAGCACCCAUCUCUCUCCCAUCAGACUCACAGUGGACAGAGCUGCCCCGCGACAGGCAUGACUUCAGAUUGGUACCCAAACCUGGACUGGCUGAAGGAAAGCUGCCGCAUCGCCACCAGCUACAAUUGGGCCGAUGUAGACCUCUCUCCAUUUCAUGGCCUGAAGGAGAGCAUGCGUCAAGCCGAUCUUAACAACUGGUCCCUGGAUGCCUCUCAGAUAGCUGACCUGUGUUCGUCCGUCAACCAGUUCUUCACGGCCACGUGCGUCAACCCCGCACGGGGCGCCGCCCUCUCCCAACCUCAGGUCGCACACCCGGCGGCGCCCAGGGCGCCGCAGCACCCAGCUCAGCCGCACGGCGCCAUGCAACCCAAGGCCAGCCAGCACAAUCAACACGCUCAACUCCUUCGAACGGGGAACAUGUACAUGGACUCCAGACAGAACGUUCCAUCUCUGAUGGGCCCACCUGGAUACCCCCACAUGCCCCCCAUUAGCAGCACAGCUCCCACCAUGACGGUGGACUCCUCCAUCACACUCUUACCAGGCCAUCACAGCCAGCAGCAGCAGCAACGGCGGCAGCACAUGUUGCCUCCGGGACACUUCCAGGUAAGACGCAUGCUGGCUACCGACGACAUCCAGGACGACUUCGACUGGGACUCCAUCGUGUGAACAGGAAGUCAGAGACAUGCAGCGAUGACGACGACAGAGGUAUGAGACUGGCCCAUCCAAAAAAAAAAAAAAAAAAGACACUGGAGACAAUCAGUUACCAAGUGGACCAAGUUGUAAAUUGACACUGAUCGAAUCGUCUUAUCGUGAGUUGUCCCUCCCUCGUGCUGUCAUGUGGGACAGGAGUCAAAACAUUGUCUGUGAAAUGUUUGCUUUUGUUUUGUUGCAUUUAGUACCAAGGACUGUUUGGGACACCCAGAAAACAACAAAACAAAACGGCAUGCCAUCAGGGGGGGAAAAGUCAUAUUUUUUCAAGAAAAGAGAUGCUGUUCCAUUUAUUUCUUUAUUUUUAACCUAUCCCAUUCGUUGUUGACACACUCAGCUAUUUAUUUUUUUCCCCUGUCCAGAUUAUAGAUGGAUGCAUUAUAUCAAAUAUUUGUAUUGAUAUGUUUUGUGGCAUCCUUGUGCCAAGGAACUAUGUUGAAGUGAGGGGAGGAGCCUAAUUUACAAAGGCCACACCCCUGUUAAAUACAAAAGAAGACAUGAGGAGAAUACCUGUAAUAAUAUUGUUCAACAUUUAUUUUGCAGGGGGCGGGGCCUAAGGGGACAAAGUCCAAUUUUAUUCUUGAAAACAGACAACUCUUCUCAUCAUAUAACUGAUUUGCAGUGCGACAAAAAAUUUUUGAAACCAUACGUACCGUACGCUUUAUUCUCACUUUGUCAGGGGCAAAAAUUCUUGAAACAAUCCAACUUUUUCCCCCUCAUGUUGUUUUUUUUCCCCAUCUUGAAUAUAUGAUUUUACUCCAAAAUUAUAUUCAUGUGAUAUUGACAUAACUGUAUACUUGAACAAAUACAACUUUUUUUGUGGAACAAAAAAAAAUUCUGAUUGUUUUUUUCUUGAAAAAAAAAAUAAGCAAAACACCGUUAUACAAUAUUAAUUCUCUUAUAAUGACAGUUAAUUAAAGAAUAAACUGAAGACUUAUUCUCUUGUAAUUACAUUUCUUAAGGGAUGGAGGGGGUAUAUUUCCUCCUUUAAUCUCCAAGUACAUAUAUUUUUUUCCUUUCAUUGUGUCCUUAAUACACAUUAAUAUUUUUCUCCCCCUUCCGUCCCCCCGCUGAAACUCUUGAAAAUAUUUUCCUAACAGAACGAUAUUUAUUUCCUCUCCCUUUUAAAAUCACCUACUUGAGACGAUUUGUCGUUUGUAAAUUCUCCGUGUUGAUUCUGUUAUCUGGUAUCUGUAUGAUGACACAUUGAAGAGUGUGUGGGUUGAGCGCCGUCUGCCGGUCAAAAUGAGUAUCGCAACUCAUCUUUUCACAAUGAUUCUAUGCACUUUUUUCAGUUCUCCAUUCCAGAAGCACUCAUGAUUUGAUUUUUUUUUUGUCUUAUUUUUUUUUCUUGUUUUUUGUUGUUGUUGAUGUACUGCUGUCAUGUUCUCAGGGUAGUUCACUGAAAUCAUCAUUUCAAGCCAUUUCUGUGUCGCAACAUUCCGUUCUUGUUGGCCCCCGGACACCUGUGACAUUUUUUAUCUUCAGAGCAAAACCAACUCAGUGAAAUAAGCUCAUGCAACAUUCAGCAGCAGUACAAUUAAUAUGUGUGUGUUUUUUUAAUGUAGUUUUUUUAUAGAAUUAUUUGUGCUUAUUAUUUAUGACAAAUGCCCGUCUUAUCUAGGUGAAGAUAUGCGUUCUAUUUUUGCACAAAACUUGUUCCAUGAAGUUUGUGCUAAACAUAAAUAAAAACAAAAUGCAACGCCGUGCAAAUCAGGUUCAACCUAUAUGGAAGUGAAUGCUUUCCAAAUACAAGAUAUAUAAUGUUCAAACUGACAAACUUCAUUGCUUUUAGUAAAUAAUCAUUAACUUUGAAUUUUAUUUGGCUGUAAUCAGAGGACAUCCGAGGCCGUAAUCCGCUUAUCCUCACAAGAGCCGCGGGCAUGCUGGAGCCUCUCCCGGUUGCCUCCUUAAAGCAGGCGGGGUACACCCUGAACUGGUCGCCAGCCAAUCGGAGGACACAAAACAACUAUUCGCGCUCACAAUCACACUGAGGGAGGUCAGAGGUCACAACCAUUCAGUGUUAUAGUUCUCGACCUUGUCGCUUAAGUGUAUUUGAUUUCUUCAGAUUCUUUGAACCUUUUGAUGAUAUUAGGGACCGUAGAUAAGAUAAGAUAAGAUAAGAUAAGAUAUCCUUUAUUCGUCCCACACUGGGGAAAUUUACAGCCUCCAGCAGCAAGAAUGUAUGUAGAAAGAAGAAAGAAAGAGAAAAAAAAACAACACGAAAUCCCUAAAUUCCUUACAAUUGGACUUUGCAGUUUGACGAUUUUCUCACUCAGUUGUUAACAAAGAGGUGAUGGGCAUUCCUUUUUUUUUUUUUUUUUGUGGAACGUUUUGCAGCCAUGAAUUCUAAAGUCAUGAUUAUUUGUGUAAAAACAAAACCGGUUGAUCACUUUGAACAUUAAAUAUAUUGUUGUAUUAUAUCCAAUUAAAUAUACCGGUAGGUUGAACAUGAUUUGCAAAACAUUGACUUCUGCUUUUAUUUAUUUACAACGUCCCAAUUUCAUUGGAAUAAGGUUUGUAUAACGUAAACAUCUCGCUUGAUAGUAAAUCAUAAUAAAUAAAAAGAUGCUGCUUUGAUUUGAGGGACAAUUCUCGUCAGGUCAUGUGGAAAUUGUUAUUUUUUUUCUUCCUCUAUUGUGAUUUAGUCUCUGUUUUGAAAAAGUGAUUUUCUCGAUUGUACAGCUCCACAUUUUCUGAGUGCAAGAUGUGAAAAAGAAAGUGAAAGUGCUCUUUGGAGGGUGAUAAAAAGAUGAAUCUUUAAUAUUGUCAUUAUCACCAUUGAUGCUGUAUUAUAGUGACCAGCAUUAUUUAACAUGUGUGUGCGCGUGCAUGCGCGCGCAUGCUUGCGUUGUUGUCCUUUUGUAAAUAGCACAAUGUUUCCUCUCUGUUUUCCCUUCAGAAAAAGAAUGAAAAUGCAGACUGGUGAAAAUGAACAAAGUAUUUUUGUUAUUUGUCCUUCAAGGAGACACUGUGUGUAAAUACUGUCAUAUGUACAUAUGUGAUUUGGGUGUGUCAUAAAUAAUCAUCUGUGUAUGCCUCGAUGGUUACAAAUCUGUUUCAGUGUUGAUUAAAAUGUUAUUCGCCGUUUUUAUUGCCAUAACCUCA